AUGGACCUCGACGUCUCAUUGACCCCGCCCCUGCGCAUCCACACCAUCCGCGUCCAGCAGAUCUCCUCCGAGGUCGCACAAAAGAGGCUCGACAGCUUUCUCCACCGCUUCCGCACCCGCAGUCUAGCCAAAAACAGCGGGGAGACCACCACCUCUGUCCAGCUGCAAAAGCUCGCGGACGCCCUGAACGAGGAGCAUACCCACAUCUGCCAAGUGACGGACAGCAGGCUUGCUCGCGCCGAGUGCUCGCAUACGUGGGGCACGCUGUAG